GUGAAAUGGGAGCUCUUGAUCAUUCAUAAAGUCUAAAAUGAGUGAAUCAAUACGAGUAAGGGAGGCAUUUCAUGCCGUGAGCGUUUUCCUCGACCCUGUCCUUCAACGAGACAACGUCCAAACCCACAAGUCGCACGUGAAGUCUCUUUUGGAGAUUCUGGGUGAGACACUAAGUGAUGACGAUACGGGUACUGGAUCUGUUCGAAGAGAUGUUAUUAGCAAAGCCUUGGGCCUACUAAGUCUCAUUCAUACCGCGUUCGUUACUCCCAUUAAUGAUGGCGACCCGGCCAGCCAGGGUGGCCAAGACACAGAAGAUGCUGCACUGGAAGAUGCGAAGCGACGUCGCCUACUACUUGCCCUAGUGGACUUGAUUUCCUUAGAGGGUAUAUAUCCCUCACUCUCACGGGGACUUGGGGUACCUCUGCACCACAGGGUGUUCUCAGCUUUGCCCACAGGAGUGAUUGCUCAGCAACAGCACCAGGCGCAGGAAAAGCCCGAAGAUGAGUUUCUACUGGAUAAAAUAUGGAUGGUUCUCUCGAGUAUCAUAUUCGAUGUACGGCCAAGCAUACAGGAUGCCAUCCGUGGUCGGAUUCUUAGUGAUAUGAUCAGCGCAGUUUCAGACUUGGCUUAUAACUCAACGAGCAUAUCCCAUGAUAAAGAGAAUGCCUAUCGCCAGGAUCUAGUCCAGCUGAUUGAAGGAACUCCAAGCCCCACACUGCUAUCGACCUUGUCUAGCUUUCUGCAGGCGGAUCCUGCUCCAUGGUUCAAGUCGUUAGUCUCCGGCCACCUAUCGCGGAUUCCUCUACGCCCAGGAGGCGUAGUGCAAACCAUGGUUUUCCUGGCCUCCCAGUUUGCACCUUCACUGGGAGCGGAAGCUCAGACACAAGCAUCCAACGGCCCGAUUUUCACAGUGCAAGGAAUUAUGCAAACAUCUCGCCUGUUAUCUUCAGUCCCAGAAGGAAUGGACCCGGUCAAAUACUUUUCUACCAUCGCUCCGCAGCUAUUGGCAUUGAUUGACGGCGAUGACCCAGACCUAAGGAAGACCGCAGCGUACGUUAUCGGCAACGGUAUUCUUGGUAAGAGAGCCUAUGGUGCUCCUGGGACGAUAGGGUACUCCAUAUUUCUAGAGCCUAUCUUCAAGGCGCUUACCGCGGGCCUCGAUGCAUCCGUGAAACAAUGGCUGGCUCUUUCUCGUGAGAUUGAACAUGGCUCACUUGAAAAGAUCCAGGUCCCAGGACCGGUGAUAGUGUUAGCAGUCGAGAGGUUGCGGAGUUUAGUCCUUCAACCUCCAAACCCAGGUCUCGUGAAACGGGUGGUCCAUCCGGUUCUUCUCCCGCUUUGGGGCCUGGCUUGCUAUUCAUUGGAGCAUCAACACAGAGCUUUACACGAGAAAACCUUGAUCAUAUUGCAGACAUAUUUUGGGAUAUCAAUCGGAGUGCAACCGUUACAGAAACUCGUCGACAACUUACUCUGGGAUGGCGGGUCUACUUGGACUUAUGGCUCUGACACGAGGAGCGGAGUGUCGUUGCAAAAGCGCAGCACGGCUGAACCAAAUCGUAACAUUGUACGACUCGUUGACAUAUUACAAUCUCGCACCAAACUAUUUGUCAACCUAUUGGGUGCGGACCCUAGUAGCGAAGAACGGACAGCAGACAUAUUCCUCUAUGUGAGUGAACGGUGGCUCGUGAAGCCUUCCGCGGGCGAGCACUCGGUAAACAGGUUGCGGCUGUCUCAAGAAGAUGAUAGUUUCAACGACAUGAUCCAGAAGCUGGUCAGCGCUAAAGUGGCAGAAACGCUACUCGACAACUUCAAAGAUGCGCUUUCGCGUCGUCCUCUAAGAGUUCUUGAACUUAUCAAGCAAAUCAUUGAUGGCGAGCUGAACCGAGCCUAUGUGCGAAGCAAGAGAACCAUGGGAGGACGAUCUGGGAAAGUAUCCCUUUCAUCACUGGCCAACAUUGUUGAGCCAGAAGAUGCCGGAAAGGAAGAAGCUGCAGCUGAGACAGACUCAGCUGAAUCGCUGCCUGCUGUGUUCAGUCUGCUGUCCACCGUUCUUGCGUCUCCCGAAUUCAGCACGUCACAAGAGACUCUACCAGUUCUCGAGGCCAUCAAGUCGAAGGUCGACGAGCUGAUUCCCUAUCUCCCAUCUGAACUCUCCAAGCCAGCGACCACGGCAUCAAUGCUCGUCGAAAUCCACAUUGCAGCCCCAGAGGGACAAACCACCGACAAGCCAUCCUCCGAAGUUGCAGACUUCGAGACCCAUCGCCGGGCAUUAGCAAACCUCAACUCAGACCUCCCACCAGUCCAAGCCGAGGGAUUCUCCUUACUUUCCGGCCUGAUCACCAAAGCAUCUCCCGUACUCGACAUACCUUCCACCCUAACCCUCCUCCUCUCUAUCAUCACAGACCCCUCAGAGACCAACAGCAACGAUGAAUUCAUCUACCUCAACGCCAUCAAACUCAUCGGCACCCUCGCAUCACGACACCCACGCACCGUCAUCAAAACCUUAGUUGACCGGUACAUCGACAAAACCGAAACCAACAGUCUAGACCAGCGCCUCAAAAUCGGCGAAUCCCUCCUCCGCACCGUCCAAGACCUCGGCUCCGCCCUCACCGGCGAAACCAGCAAAAUCCUCAGCGAAGGCAUGAUCAGCGUCGCCGGCCGCCGCGCGCAGAAACCCCAAGCCCAAAAAGCGCGCAAACAGCACCUCGAAAAAGAAAAGCGGAAGCAAGAGCGCGAAGCCCGCCAAAACAAGGAGCCUUCCAUGCCGCCAGGCUGGAGCAUAUCCACCGGCCCCACCACAUCCAAGAUCCAAGAACUGAUCGAAGAAGAAUCCGACGACCCUGACGCCCCGGAACUGGAAUCUCCUGAACAAGCCGCCAACAUCAUCUCUGCCUGGGCAGCGGGCGCAGCAUCGGACGAAGAGCCCGAGGAUCUAAGAGUUCGAGCAUCGGCAUUAUCCAUUCUCGCCAGUGCCAUUCAAACAAAUAUCUCCGGACUCGGCCCAUCGGUUAUUUCCUCGGCCGUUGAGCUCGCCCUGGCGACGCUCACACUCGAACCAGAGCUCGAAUCCGCCAUCCUCCGACGCGCGAGUGUUAUCCUCCUCCUCGAUAUCCUCAAGGCAAUGGAUACCGUUCGCGAGACACGCGGAAGCCAAGCUCUGGGAUUCGGCUUCUCACUAUCAGAUAACACAUCGAUGGGCAGUAGAUUCGGUGACGCGAGUAGUGGGGGACCGGCAACUGUCGGGAAUAUUCCGCACAUGUUAUCCUCGCUGAAGUUCGUGGAGAGUCGCGAAGCGGAUAGUAUUGUUCGUGGACAUAUCCGGGUCUUGAUUGAGAGCUUGGAAGCAUGGCUUGAGAAGUCCCUGCUUUGGGGCAUUGGGGCUCGGGAUGAGGACGAGCCGCGAUUGGAGCUGGGGGAUCGGAUUGCUGGGUUACGUAUCAAUCCUUCGUCUGAUAGGAGUGAAGCUACACGGCCUAGGAUUGAGGAGAUUGAAUAGUUGGGUGGGGAGUGUGGGAUCAUGGGACAUAGUGAAUUAAGUUAAAAAUAGUGUACAUUUCCCCUUUUUUUUUGGUGUUUUGAGUUUGAGUACAUUGAAGCGCUUGGUCCGAGGUCUGCGGUGAAGCCUUUGGGAUCAAGGGCUAGUUCAUUAAUGCGUCAAUG